AAACAAAAUAUUUAACGCAAAUCUUAGUAUUAUAAUAUAAAAUUUUAUUUAUUAAAAUAUAAUUGUAUGUUAUUAUAGUAAAAUAAUAGGUUAUGUUGACGGAAUGGAGUCACCGCGCAUUGUUGGAAAUAACCAACAAUACAAAAUAUUCAAAUUUUUUUUAAAUAAUGGCAGCGGUAGAAGGAUUCAAAUCGUAGUCUGGAAUGAUGAUAUAGAUAAAAUCAGACAUCACAUCAAUUUAAAUAAUAUCAUUCAUUUGGAUGGUGUACAAGCUCGAAGCUCCAAAGUAGCUUCCUUUAAUAAUGGAAACACACCAUUUGAACUAUUAAUUCGUAAAAACACUAUUGUAUCAAAUUUAGGAAAAUACGAACCAACUUCAAAUUUAGAAAUAGAACCAAUGGCUAUUAAACUAAACGAAAUAAUAAAUGCAACGCAACGAAUCAGUAAGUUCUAUUAAUUACACACACACACACACACACACACACACACACACACACACACACACACACACACACACACACACACACACAUA